AACGACAUCGGUUCUCUAACAUCCCCAAUUCUCUUCCCGCCAGAAAGCCAUUUCCCAGGAUUUGAAAUUCCAAAACAUACACUAAAAAUCACAGUGAAUUCAAUUCUAGAGAGAGAGAGAGAUGGAGGAGAAAAAAGCUGGGUCGUCGCUGGACGAUCUGAUGUCAUCGUUCAACACUCGCAUUGCGGAGCUUCAAGAGCUCGUCGUUGCACGAAACAUGUACCCGGCCACAAGUAUCACCGAUUUGUCGGCGGUGGACGUCGCAUUGAAGGCCAUGGAGCUUCAGCUUCAGGCUAUCAAAGGCCGCUUGCGCGAAGAAACCCUAGCUAUUCCCAAAGCCAAAAACCUCAUAGAUGCAUCAUUGCGACAGCAGAAGAAAUUGCAGAGUAUGUCUGUUUAUGUUCCGUCAUUUCUUCCUGAAAGACUGUCUGUGACAAACUUGGAAACUAAUAGAUGUUUGCUGUCAGAAUUCUCGAAACAAGACCCUGGUGUUGGGUCUUUAAAACUUGAGGAAGAGCCUGCAGCAUUACCUAAGGAGAAAAAGGGUCGUGGCUCUCCACCACUGUGGUAUAUAACUGCCAAUGAACUGGAUUCUCUGUCAUCAUACAUGAGAGGAAGGCUGACAUUGGAGAAGGUCAAUGCAGCUAUUAAUGACAUGGCAACUUAUGCUGAAGCAAAUGCUCAUCUUAUUACUGCUCCAAAGAAGAAGCUGGCAGAAAAUCUCUGGGACAAAGCCCUGGAGCUAAGGGAUAUUGCAAUGACAGAAGCCGUAAAGGGAAAACACUUUUUUCUUGAAAAUGACAUAAAAGGACCAGCACUGAAGCUUGACAAUACUGGAAAAGCAAUACUGACCGUCCUCCGUCAUCUUGGCCGCUUAAGUGAGACUCGGAUUGGGCAUCACCGUGUGAUUAUUCUUUUGAAGCCUCAAUGAAACCUUGCUUCCCAAAGAACCUCAUGUUUACAUGCUUAUAAUCUUUUCCUGUAUUUCUUUCAAAGAAGAUUGUAAGCCCUCACCUGGAAUGAGAAUACAUUUUCUUA